ACGCCAGAGGCCGGCGCGCUCCGAACCGCUCGGCGGCUUCCGGGGGCGGCUCGCCAUCUUCUGCGGCCUGCCCGGGCAGGUGUCUUCCGGGAGAGGCCGGCGGGCGACUCGAGGCGUGCAUCUACGUGGUGGGCUUGUACAGGAUGCUGUGUUCUUUGCUCCUUUGUGAAUGUCUGUUGCUGAUAGCUGGCUAUGCUCAUGAUGAUGACUGGAUUGACCCUACAGACAUGCUUAACUAUGAUGCUGCUUCAGGAACGAUGAGGAAAUCUCCUCAGAACUAUGAGAGUCAUGGAGUCAUGAAGUCAUGGAGCCCUGGUGGCACAGUGGUUAAGAGCAUGGCUGCUAACCAAAAGGUGAACUAUGAUAUAGCAGAGAAAAAGGAUGUCAGUCCUGACUUGUCACAUGCUGAUGAAACGUCUGAAUGUUACCGCAAGCUUGAAUCUUUAACUUAUAAGAUUGAUGAGUGUGAAAAGAAAAAGAGGGAAGAGUAUGAAAGUCAGAGCAAUCCUGUUUUUAGGAGAUACUUAAAUAAGAUUUUAAUUGAAGUCUCGAAGCUUGGACUUCCUGACGAGAACAAAGGCGAUAUGCACUACGAUGCCGAGAUUAUCCUGAAAAGGCAGACCCUGUUAGAAAUACAGAAGUUUCUCAAUGGAGAGGACUGGAAGUCUGGAGCCUUGGAUGAUGCACUGAGUAACAUUUUAAUUAAUUUUAAGUUCCAUGAUUUUGAAACAUGGAAGUGGCGGUUUGAAGAUUCCUUUGGAGUGGAUCCAUAUAAUGCGUUCAUGGUGCUUCUGUGUCUGCUCUGCAUCGUGAUGUUAGUGGCUACCGAGCUGUGGACAUAUGUUCGUUGGUACACCCAGUUGAGACGUGUUUUAAUCAUCAGUUUCCUCAUCAGUUUGGGAUGGAAUUGGAUAUAUUUAUACAAGCUAGCAUUUGCGCAGCAUCAGGCUGAAGUUGCCAAGAUGGAACCAUUAAACCAUGUGUGUGCUGAGAAGAUGGACUGGACUGAAAGUUUUUUCGAAUGGUUUAGAAGUAAAUGGACCUUUCAAGAUGACCCAUGCCAGAAAUACUACGAGCUCCUAGUAGUCAACCCUAUUUGGUUGGUUCCGCCAACAAAGGCCCUGGCAGUUACAUUCACCAACUUUGUAACAGAGCCACUGAAGCACAUUGGAAAAGGGACUGGUGAAUUUAUCAGAGCACUCAUGAAGGAGAUUCCCGUGUUACUGCACGUUCCACUGCUGAUAAUUAUGGCACUAGCUGUCCUGAGUUUCUGUUAUGGUGCUGGAAAAUCGGUCAGUGUGCUGAGACAUAUAGGGGGUCCUGAGACAGACCCUCCCCGGGCACUUCACCCAGGUGAUAGAAGACGUCGGGAGGAAAUUGAUUAUAGACUCCGUGGUGGAGCAGGUGAUGCAGAUUUCUAUUAUAGGGACCAGAUUGGUCCCAGUGAGCAAGGCCCUUAUGACAAAGCAGAUGAGGGUAGAAGAAGUGCUUUGAGAGAGAGACAUGUUCACUUGAGAUUUCAGACUGGCAACGAGAGCCCUGAAGCACUCCGGACAUUUGAUAUCCCAGACGCAGAGGCACGAGAGCGUCCCAAGGUGGUACCCAGCCUUAAAUCACCUGUUUUGGAUACAAAGCCAGAGACUGGCGAGAUCCCAGAAGAAAGCACUCUGACAGAAGGCAGUACUCCAAGCAGCCAAUCUCCUAAGCCUGAUUCUGGUCAAGAGACGUCAGGGAGUGUGGCAGGUUUACCUGCAGUGGAGAAGGCCCAGCACAGGACUGAUGCCCAAGGCAGCCCCCAGGAAGGCGGCACAAACAGCCCGGCGUGUGGAAAGGAGGCUGAUGGCGGCCCGCGCUGCUAGAGGAACACGGCCAUGGACGACCACUCCGAGGUCUUCUAUGGGUUUUUCAAAGUAUACCCUUCACAACUCCCUUUACUCUUUGAUACUAAUACUCGGGUAUUCACUACAAAAGUGCCAACUUAUGCAUUAUUUUUACCGACAAUCAGGACUAACAGUCGUGUGUAUGUAAAGGCUUCCACUUAAUUUCAUCUUCUCUUUGGUAUUAAGACAUAACCCACAGCUCUUAUUUGUUAAUUUGGGAACAGGGUAUCAUAAAAUUUCUGUUGUAAGAUGAACAUAUGGCAUCACUGACUGUGGAUGGUUAAGGAGGCCAGCGUGAGUUAAACCAGUAACCAAACCCGCUGCUGUCGAGUUGAUUCUGACUUGUAGCAACCCUAUAGAGCAGAGUAGAACUGCCCCCAUAGGUUUCCAAGGAGCGGCUGGUGGAUUUGAACUGCCGACCUUUUGGUUAGCAGCCAUAGCUCUUAACCACUAAGCCACCAGGGCUCCAGUUAGAGUUGGGGACAUUGAAAAAGAAGUUUUGUUCAUCAGCAAAUACAGGAACCAACUAACCAAAGUGCUGCCUAGUGUAAGUCCCGUAAUACCUACUUUAGUCAACAGGAUAAGUCAUACAUUGGGUGCAAAUAGUGUUUCCAAAGUGAUUAAGUACUCAAAAACAGAUUUUAAAGAGGAAGGUCCACUGUGGCCACUUUGACACAUUUCAGCAUCUUCAUGCAGCCACAGUGAGCAUUACCAGCAUAGUUGUGUUGAAGCCUCAAUUAUUUGUGGUUUUCUGUUUCAUAUCCUACCUUCAGCCCUCAACUCUUGCCACUGUCACUGGAUCUGCUUCCUUACGGCCCCUUUUACUGAAUCCUUCACUGGGCACAACUGAAGAUGACCAGGGUAAUUUAGAUACCAUAGCUCAUUAAAUCAGUAACAGACUUUAGAGAAUGCCUCUAUUCUUUCCCCACUAAGUGAAGUACACAGGCUUCAUAAGACCUGUUUUCCUUCCUACUCAGAAUCCCAGCAGUUAGGACUGUUGGAUAUUACUGUAUCUUAUUUAUAUUGUAACAAACCAUAUUGUCUUGGCCAGAGAAGUUCAGAUGUUUAGAGUUCUACGCACAGAAGAAUACCAUGAUAAACAGAGAAGGGUGUUUUACUUAACUGCGAAGACAGGUGGUGAUAAUCAACAUUUUUAGCUUUUCUGAUUUUAAAAAGUAUUCCUGAUUUUAAGCAGUUUAUAAAUUUUGCACAGUCACUUAUCUAGGAAGCAAGUUGCACAUACAUUCAGGUGUCCUUCGUUUUCAUUAUAUUCGCACUAGAAGUUAUGUUUCACUUCUCACUAAAGAUGAUACCUGUCAGUAGUAGUAUUUAAAAUUUUUAUGUAGGCAUUUGUUUCAGAAAAAAAGACGGAUUCAAAGCAGUUGCUUUUUGAUGUUUCUACAUGAAAUACAGAAUACCCCAUUUUGGCUCCCAAAAUUGUUGCUUAAGCCUGGUAAUAACUCGAUUUCACAUGUUAAUAUUAUUUUCCAGUUUAUACUGCAGACAUCUUCAGUAUUUCAUCAGAAAGGUAAUCAUUCCUCCAGAAGAUACAAAAGGAUUUUAUGUUAGUAUUUCUAACACCGCAAGCAUGUAACAAACUAAUGAAAGGAUGCCUGCAGUUUGGAAUAGAUUUGUGAUCACGGAAGGAGUUCAUGAAGAAAUGGCAGUGGCUAUAAAGCAUGCAUAGAAGUGGCUGCACAGAAAGUGGUCCUCCCACCGACUGAGGAAAACACUCCCAAGGCGGUAGUUGUCCCCCGAGCUGUGAUCUGAUUCUGAAGAGAAACCAGUGCCUCGGGUCACAGACUCUAAACUGGGAGUGGAGGCAAAGCUGCUUGCACUUUACUCCCGUCCCUGACUGCUGCUGAUCAGUCCAGUAGGAAUCCCUCCUCCCUUUAAUUUAAAUAAAAUGUCAUUUUUGUACCCUUUCACUAUAGAGACCCAUCUGGGGGUACGAUCUACUUUGGCAGCUCACAAAGCCACAUGCUGCUGCUGCAAGUGAUGACAGCAGGUCAGGGAGGGCUGUCAAAGCAGAGGCAGCGUACCGAGGCCCAUCAGAACCUGGAGAAGAGAGAAGCCUUGUUUGUUGGCUAGCCAGUAUUCAUCAUUAAAACUCAGGCUUACAGUGACAAGUUUUUAGGAGAAUCAAAAUGGGCUAGACAGCUUUUAAAGGGAAUUUUUAAAUGAAACAGAUAAUGGUAGAAUGUUUACAGGGUUUAACAACCACUGUAUACACAAA